CCUCAUCGUUGUAGAAUCCUGCCACCAGGAACAUCUUUGUGGCCAAACACUCAAAAACGCUUGUUCCCAUUUGCAUCGUUGCUUCACUGUUCUUUGUGAAGCCAUGGAUGACAAUGUAGGCACCAGAAGGCCACCGCCGCUGCCAACACCCAAACGCAAUGCUGGCUGGUCGCAAGUGCGCGCCGAUGAGUCCACUCUAGGCACCUGCCAUAAAUCGACUGGAACCUGAACUUUAUAUCCGCGGUUGGUGAACAGCACACCAGAGCAGAGGGUCACGAGACAGCUUCAGUGCGAUUCUCACAAGCGGUUGCAGUUGAGCUGGCCGCCGUUGGAGUCAAGAUGCCUAGAAAUGGCACUUGAGCUCUGCCAUUGCGCCUGGUCUAUGGCCCGAUCAAUGGCUUCGUAAGUAUCUAUCAGUUUCGCUGCGCCAACCUAUGAGUUCCACUCAUGCUGCAAGCAAGCCUGGGUCUGUUCGGCGGCUACUUGAAGUCCAUCUUCCGCUGUUCACUUUCGACAAUAGCCAGCACGUAUCGCAACAAUCGCCACGUCAGCCACAGCGUCUUUGUCCAAGAACCAGCCGCAAAACAAAAUACAACAGCCCCAACGAAGACGACUAGACGGACGACAACACAGGCCGCAGCCAGAGCGUCUUAUCCACUCGGACUGUUUAUAUCCAGUUACCGUUCCUCGACCUCGACGGCGCUUUGUUCUGCCAACCCAAUCAGGUUACUCCCGGCACCCAACAGUCACGUGCUGCGGCCGCGCAAUCCACCAACCUGCAAAAUCCCAACGUAAGCGAGCCUAAGGCACGCACGAUUGUUGUUAGGCCGCUGCCUCCAUCGUGAAGCCAAGUCCAAAGAUUACGAAUCCUGCCGCGAAUCCGCCACGCUUCGAGGCAACAACAAGGUACAAACCAUCCAGAUGCCUUCCGCCAUCACCGCCAUGCCUGAGCAGCAGUUUAGCUACCCUCCGCUCGGCGAGAUGCUCGAGACGCACCCGUAUGCGCUCCCUGAGCAGCGCGCCUUCCACCAGCUUGCCAACGAGCGCGACUACACCCACGAUGAGCACGAACACGAACACCUCGCCGAUGGGGCCCCAAGAUAUGCGACUCCGCCCCCGAACGCGGAAUACCAGCUUCACGCGACUAUGGCUAGUGAGCUACAGGCCGCGUUGGAUCCGAAGAACGAACCACCAACAGAGGAGCCGGGACGCUCGAAGGCGGUACCAAAGCCGGAUCGUCCGGUGAUGAAGGAUGAUAAUGGGCGCUAUGUGUGCAACUGGCCUGGAUGUGAUGAGGCAGUCAAAGAUUUCGGGAGGAAGUGCGAGUGGUCAAAGCACAUGGAUAAGCACGACCGGCCCUACAAAUGCCCCGUCCCCGGAUGCGCGAAACUCCCAGGCUUCACAUACUCCGGCGGCCUCCUGCGCCACGAACGCGAGGUCCACCACAAGCACGGCGGCCCUCGCAAACAGCUCAACUGCCCCCACAUGAACUGCAAGCGCCACCACGGAAAGGGCUUCUCGCGCCAGGAGAACCUGAACGAACACCUGCGCCGCGUGCACACCGGCACUGAUGGCGCUGAAGCUAUUGGCACCGAAGAGUCUGAAGGAGAGGGUGGCAAGCGCAAGCGCGAAGGCGACGAGGAGGUCCGCGAGGAGCUCAAGCGGAUCAAGACUGAAAAUGAAGACCUGAAGCGCCAGGGCGAGGAGAUGAAGCGUCAAAGUGAAGAGAUGAUGCGCCAGAUCCGUGCGCUCCAGGAACAAGCUGGCGCGAUGGCACAACAGCAGAUGGAGGCCCAUGCUCAGCAGCAGGCGCAACAGGCUACGAGAAUGCCAGCCGCGUCAAUGAUGUGAUCUUGGCUUUCAACUAACUAAGGGCCUCUUUGUGUUGGUCACUUUGUUUUGCUAUUUGGCACUGGGGACCUCUUAUACCACGGUCGCGUCAACAGGAUUGUUCCGCUCUGUCUUUAUCUCGUUUUUGCUUUUCAGCAGCGCCGCCAGUCUCCAUACAAUCGGUCGUGUCCUAGAUGGAAUCGAAUGGGACGAGCUUGUAUUCUUUGAGUUUGGGAGGUUGGGUGCAUAUGCGGAGUUUGUUAUAUGGUGGAUCACUAUACUACGGUGGUGGGGGUGGCGCAUGGAGUAUGUCGAUGGUGGUGGAACGAAAUUUAAUCAGAGGCGCGAAGGGACAAACAGGAGGAUACCCCUUGAUUUGGAGGGAGAAUGAAAUUGUAUGAGGGGGAUGGAUGCGACACUGUUGCAGUAUGUAUGAUAGGUAGCUAGCAGAUGGAGAGAAUGAAGACACA